AGGGGAGGGAGGAGAGGGGGUGGAGAGAGAGUCCGAUGCCCUCCUGUUAUCACCCUUUUUUCUGUAGACAGAGCCGCAAAACUCCCAAAAGACACAGAGUGGGACCCUUGCCGGGGUUUCCCUGUGAUGCAGGUACCCAUCCAGCGCUAGAGAGGAACAGAGGUCACCUUUCCAAAAUGCAUGUCCUCCCCACCACCUCCCACUGCAAAGCAGCCCAUUCCUGCUGAAGCUCGCACCAUCCAUAAAUGCAGCUCCGUCUUCUGCAGCGAGAGGUCAUCUAGCGACAUGGAUAAGUCUCCAUCUAAACCUUGCUCAACCAAGAAAAGGGUAAAAAUACACCCCAAUACUGUUACAGUUAAAUACACAUCUCACUAUCCACAACCAGGAGAUGAGGGAUAUGAAGACACCAGUGAGGACAAUGGUGGAUUUGCGGAGGAGAACCCAAAGAAACGACUCUUAGGAGAUACCAAAAAGAAAACAUUCUUUGGGACCAUGGAUGCCCGGCAACGACAGAUAGAUGACCCAGACAAUGGGCUCGCCCAGCAAUUACAAAGCUUUGCAGACAGCUCUGUCUUUCAGUCCCGGAAGAUGUGGGCAGUCCUCUUUGGGUCAGCUUUGGCUCAUGGCUGUGUAGCACUUAUCACUAGACUGGUUUCUGACCGUUCCAAAGUGCCAUCUCUGGAGCUAAUAUUUAUUCGCUCUGUCAUGCAGGUCUUGUCCGUGUUGGUGGUCUGUUACUAUAAAGAGGCACCUUUUGGACCUCCAGGGUACAGGUUAAGGCUAUUUGUCUAUGGGAUAUGUAAUGUUAUUUCCAUAACGUGUGCCUAUACAUCCUUCUCUAUUGUUCCACCAAGCAAUGGAACCAUCAUGUGGAGAGCAACCACCACUGUUUUCAGUGCCAUCUUGGCUUUCUUGCUUAUAGAUGAACACAUGCCAUAUGUUGAUUUGAUUACUGUAAUUUGCAGUGUAUUUGGCGCAUGCUUGGUCAUGAUACCAAAUAUUGUUAAUGAAGAAAACUCAUUUUUUGGCUUUUGGAAAGAGGCUUUUGGUUAUACUAUGACAGUAAUGGCUGGACUGACAACAGCACUCUCCAUGAUAGUUUACAGAUCUAUCAAAGAGAAGGUCAGCAUGUGGACUGCUCUCUUUACAUUUGGGUGGACUGGAAGUGUCUGGGGAGCCUGCACUAUGUUUGUUCUUCAGGAACCCAUUAUACCCUUGGAUGGAGAAACCUGGGGCUACCUGCUUGCCAUCUGUUUGUGUUCUACUGUAGCAUUUUUAGGUGUUUAUUAUGCAUUGUAUAAAUUCCAUCCGGCCUUGGUCAGCACCGUUCAGCACAUGGAGAUUGUGGUAGCCAUGAUCCUGCAACUUCUUGUCCUGCGCAUGUUUCCAAGUGUCUAUGAUCUUAUCGGUGGUGCCAUCAUCAUGCUCAGCGUAUUUGCAUUGGCUGGGUACAAACUCUAUUUAGGAAGACUAGGGCGCCAAGAUUAUCAAGAAAUAUUGGACUCUCCAAUUAAAUAGGUCACUCUGUAUCUGCUUUUGUCAUAGUUCUUGUGUGUAAAAUGUUGCCUAUUACAUAUUGUGCCCAGAUGAGCGUCAAAAACCUAGCAUUUACUGCAGAGUUUAAAAGCACUUUUACAAAUAUAUAUACAAGUAUAUAUUUAUUAGCUAAUUUUCAAACCACCAAAAUCUAAUAUUU